CGGGUGGGGAUAAAAAGAGCAAUGGAAGAACAACUCCACGGAGUAGAAAAGCGGUGCAUACUUUUUGUGAUAAGUGCAUUAUUUUAAUUAAAAGAGUGAUAACAACCGUUGACUAACAUAAAUUAAGUAUCCUCGUGUCUAGUUAAGAUGGCAUCCGACGAAGAAGUCGAGGAAUCUUUUGCCGGGGAAGAAGAUGCCCCUGAAGAAGUGCCUGGCGGAGACCAAGUGGAAAACGAACCCGACUCCGAAGAUGCGGCCCCCAAGGGAGGGGAAGAUGAUGAUGAUUAUGAACCUGAGGAUGGCCGUAAGAAAAAGAAGGGAAAGAAAAGGAAAGCGAGGGGGGAGGAGAAGAAAGGCAAGAAAAAGAAGAAAAAGCGAAAAAAUGAUAGUGGAGAUGAAAGUGAUUUUGGAGACGAAGACAAUGGUGAUUCAGAUUAUAGCAGUAGUAAAAAGUCGAGAAAAUCGAGGGGUUCCACUAAACACAGUUCUGCUCCUGCCACUCCGGCGGCAGAAUCGAAUACAUCAAGUGGAGGGAUGCCCACUAUAGAAGAGGUGUGUUCCACAUUUGGAUUAACAGAUGUGGACCUGGAUUACACCGAGACCGAUUUCCAAAACCUGACAAGUUACAAAUUAUUCCAACAGCACGUUAGACCUCUUCUCGCUAAGGAAAAUCCGAAAGUACCCAUGUCUAAGCUGAUGAUGUUGGUGGCUGCGAAAUGGCGUGAAUUCUCCAACAUAAAUCCAAACCUUCAAACAGAAACUGAACGAACUGAACCUUCAGCUCCGUCAACAUCCACAUCUGAAGAAGGAGGUUACUCCAAACCAAGCCGUUCUAGAGCAUCCAAAGAAGCCGCACAAAAAAUCGUAGAGGCUGAUUCUGAACCAUUUGAUGACGACGAUGAAGACGAAGAGGAUGAUGACGGAAAAACCAAGAAGAAACGAAGUUCUAGAGUAAAGAAAGCAUCUAAAAAGGCGUCGAAGGUUCCGACACUAAAAAUCAAAUUAGGAAAGAGAAAACGAGGAAGUUCGGAUGAAGAUGGCGAUAUGAGCGUUGGUGCGUCGGACAGAGAUUCGGACGCCGAAUUCGAACAGAUGCUCCAAGAAGCGGAGGAACCGAAAACUAACGAGGCUACCGGCGACGCUUCUCAACCUGCCGAGGGCGGCGGUGAGGAAAUGCCGCAACCCAGACGCAAGGCCAAGACGAAAAUCGGGAAUAAGAGCAAGAAGAAGAAAAAGGUCAAAAGUGGCAAGAACGAAGAGGAAAAUUGUGAUCACCAAGAUUAUUGCGAAGUUUGCCAACAGGGAGGAGAAAUCAUUCUGUGCGACACCUGCCCUAGAGCGUAUCACUUGGUAUGUCUGGAACCAGAACUGGAGGAGGCUCCGGAAGGCAAAUGGAGUUGCCCGCAUUGCGAAAAUGAGGGACCCCCGGAACAAGACGAUGAUGAACAUCAAGAAUUUUGCCGUGUCUGUAAGGACGGUGGUGAAUUGUUGUGCUGUGAUUCUUGUACUUCAGCUUAUCACACUCACUGUUUGAACCCUCCCUUAACGGAGAUUCCAGACGGUGACUGGAAAUGCCCGAGAUGCGGUUGUCCGCCUCUUAUUGGUAAGGUCGCCAAAAUCUUGACAUGGAAAUGGGUUGAACACACAAGUAAAAAAGAGGGAGAAGAACCGAAAAAAUCCAGGCACAGAGAGUUUUUCGUCAAAUGGCAUGAGUUAUCUUACUGGCAUUGCAGUUGGAUAACAGAGCUACAAUUGGACGUAUACCACCCGCUAAUGUUCCGCAGUUACUACAGAAAAUACGACAUGGAGGAACCACCCAAAUUGGAAGAACCGAUGGACGAGUCUGACACACGCUGCAACAGGCUAGUAAAGAUGGGAGGCACGCAAAAUGAUGAAGAACUGGAAGAGAAGUACUACAAAUACGGCGUGAAGCCAGAAUGGCUCAUAGUCCAUCGGGUCAUCAAUCAUCGCACCAUGCGAGACGGCAGAACUCUUUAUCUUGUCAAGUGGAGAGAGUUAACUUACGAUCAGGCGACGUGGGAGGAGGAAUCCGAUGAUAUUCCGGGGCUUAAGCAAGCUAUUGAGUAUUAUAUGGAUUUGAGAUCGGCGUGUAUGAGUGGGGGCGGUAGCUCCAAGAACAAGAAAGGCAAAGGCAAAAAGAUCAAGAGGGAUCUUAUCGAUGACGAUGAUAGAACUACUCCUCGCAGAUAUACGCCCCCUCCAGAAAAACCUUGCACUGACUUGAAGAAGAAAUUCGACAAGCAACCAGCCUAUCUGGACGAAUUGGGCAUGCAACUGCACGAAUACCAAUUGGAAGGUUUGAAUUGGUUGCGUUACUCUUGGGCUAACGGAACAGACACCAUCCUCGCUGACGAGAUGGGUCUGGGAAAAACCAUCCAAACCAUAGUCUUUUUGUAUUCCCUAUACAAGGAAGGCCACUGCAAAGGGCCGUUCUUGAUUAGUGUGCCCCUCUCGACCAUCAUCAAUUGGGAGAGAGAAUUCGAAACUUGGGCUCCAGACUUCUAUUGCAUCACUUACGUCGGCGAUAAAGAUUGCAGAGCUGUGAUCAGGGAAAAUGAAAUUAGUUUCGAAGAAGGCGCUGUUAGAGGCGGUCGUGCAUCCAGAAUAAGGGCAAGCUCCAUUAAGUUCAACGUUUUGUUAACCAGCUACGAGUUGAUCUCUAUCGAUGCGGCUUGCUUAGGGUCCAUCGAUUGGGCUGUUCUGGUCGUAGACGAAGCACAUCGUCUGAAAAGCAACCAGUCCAAGUUUUUCAAAAUAUUGAACAGCUACAACAUCACCUAUAAACUUCUCCUUACCGGUACCCCACUGCAAAACAACUUGGAAGAAUUGUUCCACCUUUUAAAUUUCUUGAACGGACAGAAAUUCAACGACUUGACAACUUUCCAAGCGGAGUUCGCAGAUAUAUCCAAAGAAGAUCAAGUCAAGAAGUUGCAUGAACUUUUGGGGCCCCACAUGCUGCGUCGUCUCAAAACUGACGUACUUAAAAACAUGCCGACAAAAUCCGAAUUUAUCGUACGUGUAGAACUGUCCCCCAUGCAGAAGAAAUACUACAAGUACAUCCUGACCCGUAACUUCGAAGCUUUAAAUCCGAAAGGAGGCGGCCAGCAAGUUUCUCUGCUUAAUAUUAUGAUGGACUUGAAAAAAUGUUGUAAUCAUCCCUAUCUGUUCCCGGCGGCAGCAGAGGAAGCUCCAUUGGGUGCCCACGGCAGUUGGGAUGUCCAACACCUUGUCAAGGCCUCAGGAAAGUUAGUGUUGCUGUCGAAAAUGUUGAGGAAAUUAAGAGAACAAGGCCACAGAGUGCUCAUCUUCUCUCAGAUGACGAAGAUGUUGGAUAUCCUGGAAGAUUUCCUGGAAGGGGAGGGUUAUAAGUAUGAGCGAAUCGACGGCGCCAUCACGGGUGGCUUACGUCAAGAGGCAAUCGAUAGAUUCAAUGCUCCGGGAGCUCAACAAUUCGUAUUCUUGUUGUCGACAAGGGCUGGCGGUUUGGGAAUUAAUUUGGCCACCGCAGAUACAGUUAUCAUUUACGACUCGGAUUGGAAUCCUCACAACGAUAUCCAGGCCUUCUCGAGAGCCCAUCGUAUCGGUCAGGCCAACAAAGUCAUGAUUUACCGAUUCGUUACCCGUAACAGUGUGGAAGAAAGGGUAACGCAAGUGGCAAAGAGGAAGAUGAUGUUAACCCACUUGGUGGUACGGCCUGGUAUGGGAAAGGGGGCCAAUUUUACCAAACAGGAGUUGGACGAUAUCUUGAGAUUUGGUACUGAAGAAUUGUUCAAGGAAAAUGAAGGGAAGGAAGAUGAAGCUAUCCAUUACGAUGACAAAGCCGUCAACGAACUGUUAGACAGAUCGAAAGAAGGUAUUGAACAGAAGGAAAGUUGGGCCAAUGAAUACCUCAGUUCCUUCAAGGUGGCCAGCUACGUCACCAAAGAAGGUGAGGCUGAAGAGGAAGUGGACACGGAAAUUAUCAAGCAGGAGGCUGAGAACACCGACCCAGCCUAUUGGAUAAAACUCUUGAGGCACCAUUAUGAACAGCAACAGGAAGAUAUCGCCCGUACCUUGGGUAAGGGCAAGCGUGUGAGGAAACAAGUCAAUUAUAAUGACGGCGGAAUGACUACCGAUACCCGCGAGGAUUCUACGUGGCAAGAGAAUCUCUCGGAUUACCAUUCGGACUUCUCUGCUGGUUCGGACGAAGACAAAGAGGACGAUGACUUUGACGAAAAGAAUGACGGCGAUCUCAGCAGACGAAGCAGAAGAAGAAUGGAACGUAAAGAUGAACGAGACAGACCUUUGCCGCCCCUCUUGGCUAGGGUUGGAGGUAACAUCGAGGUUUUGGGUUUCAAUGCACGUCAAAGAAAGGCAUUCCUAAACGCCAUCAUGCGAUAUGGCAUGCCGCCUCAGGAUGCUUUCAACUCGCAAUGGCUCGUUAGAGACUUGAGGGGAAAAUCGGAGAAGAUAUUCAAGGCGUACGUAUCGCUGUUUAUGAGACAUUUGUGCGAACCCGGUGCAGAUAACGCGGAAACGUUUGCCGAUGGCGUGCCAAGAGAAGGUCUGAGCAGACAACAUGUUUUGACCAGGAUAGGAGUGAUGUCGUUGAUCCGGAAGAAGGUGCAGGAAUUCGAGCACAUAAAUGGAGAAUAUAGUAUGCCGGAGGUGAUCAAGAAGUCGAUCAUGGAUCAGAAUAAGAUCAGCAUUACCCCGACUGACGGAGAAACUCCUAAGAGCACCACAACCAGCACAAGCGCUACUCCGGCGACUAGCGCAGCUCCCAGUCCGGCGCCCACUCAAGUCGAUCCCGAUAAGGACAAGGACAGUUCGAUUGAAGAGAGUAAAGAUGCCAAGUUGGAAAAGGAGGGUCUCUCUGAAGAAAAAGAGAAGACCGCUUCUGAAGAGAUUAAGGAAGAAUCGGCCAAAACAGAAUCGACGGAGUCCUCGGAAGCCGACGUUAAGUCUGAGAUUAAAUCAGACGCAGAUUCUGCAUCUAUCGCCAGUGACGAGAAGAAGGAAGAAAAAGAAGAGGACAUUAAAAAUGAAGAGAUAGAGAUAAAAGAUGAAGUUAAAAAGGAUGAAGAUGAGAAGGAGAGUGAAAUGAAGAAGGAAGAGGAAAUUGAGAAGAAAGAAGAAAAACCAAAGAUUGAAAAGAAGGAAGAAGAGGACGUGGUUGUCGUUGAGCAAGAGGACAAGAAGGAUAAGAGAGAGAGCGAACCAGAGACUAAAAAGAGAUUCAUGUUCAACAUCGCCGACGGCGGCUUCACGGAACUCCACACUCUGUGGCUGAACGAGGAAAAAGCCGCCACCCCGGGUCGGGAAUAUGAAAUCUGGCACAGGCGUCACGAUUACUGGCUGCUAGCAGGCAUCGUAACUCACGGCUAUGGCAGGUGGCAAGACAUCCAAGCCGAUGCUAGGUUUGCCAUCAUCAAUGAACCCUUCAAGAUGGACGUUGGUAAAGGCAAUUUUCUUGAGAUCAAGAACAAGUUCCUGGCUAGGAGGUUCAAGCUCCUAGAACAGGCCCUGGUGAUCGAAGAACAGCUACGCAGGGCGGCAUACCUCAACCUGACGCAGGAUCCCAACCAUCCCGCAAUGUCACUUAAUGCCAGAUUUGCCGAAGUCGAGUGCUUAGCGGAAUCUCACCAGCACCUCAGUAAAGAAUCGUUGGCAGGCAACAAGCCGGCGAACGCCGUCCUGCACAAAGUGCUCAACCAGCUGGAAGAGCUGCUGUCCGAUAUGAAAUCGGACGUGUCCAGAUUGCCUGCUACUCUAGCGAGGAUACCUCCUGUGGCGCAAAGGUUGCAGAUGUCUGAGAGGAGCAUCCUGUCUCGGCUGGCAGCCACGUCUUCAUCUAAUACUCAAACGACAACGCAAGUGAUGAGCCAGUUCCCAGCAGGCUUCAACGCCGGCAACAUCCAAUUUGCCGCGGCGGCGGCCAAUUUCGGCAACUUCAGGCCACAAUAUUCUGUACCCGGCCAACCACCCACCGGUUUCCCAUCAUAAUAGCUUUGUAAGUUCCUCCUUGGGUAGGUUAAGCAUUAAAAUUGUAUUUAUUAUCAUUUUCGUUUCUCCUCUUUGCAGAAUUCUAAUUUAUUGUGGAAGGGUAUUGUCAUUACACACACAAAUACACACUCUUUUUGCUCAGACAGGCCUGGUCGAUGUCCUAGUAAAAUUUAUUUAAUUUAGUUUCAUUUCUCCUCAAACUAUUGUAGUAGUAUUUUGGCAUUUUUAUUAUUUAUUACACGCGUGCGCAUUAUGUGUUUUCAUUGUUCUUUGUCGUGACAUAUGGGAUGAAAAAGACAAUCUUAGCGUUGGUUAGCCAGUAGCGACUAUUAUUUUUCAUUUGGAGCGUUGUGAUUACGUUGAAUUUUUUUAUUGCAUAUGUUACCGGUCUGUGAGGACACAAAAUGUCAUUCCAAAUCUUAGUGAAAUAGAAUUACCUCUUAGGAAUUUGUUAUAUUAAGGGUUCCACUUGUUAAAUGGUGGUGCGUUUUUUUAAAUGGUAUGUUUAAUCUUGAGCAUUCCUCCAAUAAACAGAUAGAGAACAAAA